AUUCUUGUAUUUUCCCUUUCUUUUUUCUCUUUAAAAUGCUCCCUUCUCUUUUGUCGUAUCGUUACAUUACUAAACCUAUUGCUCGUCAUACACGCUUUUUAGCUACUGUAUCACAAAAUGCUACCUUCUUUCCUGAUGAGCCCAAAAAGCCACAUGUUGUUACCCCAGUGCCUGGCCCUAAAUCGAAAGAGAUUAUUUCCAAAUUAGAUCAAUUUCAAGAUACUCGAUCUGUCUUUUUUGUAGCAGACUUUGCUAAAUCAAAGGGUAACUAUAUUGUGGAUGCAGAUGGCAAUACCUUAUUGGACGUGUUUGCUCAAAUUGCCUCUAUUCCUAUCGGCUAUAAUAAUCCUGCUUUUUUGUCAUUAGCAGAAAAACCUGCUUUCCAGACAGCAUUGGCCAAUAGAGCUGCACUCGGUGUCAAUCCAAACAUAGAUUGGGUUGAUUCAGUCCAAGACGCUUUUAUGGCUGUGGCUCCUAAAGGCAUGUCGAAUGUGUUUACUGUCAUGUGUGGUUCAUGCGCUAAUGAGAAUGCUUUCAAGACUGCAUUCAUGUACAAGGCAGCCAAAAGAAGGGGCAACAAGGAAUUCAGCCUUCAAGAAUUGAGCUCCUGUAUGAAGAACCAAGCACCAGGCUCACCCGACGACAUGUCUAUCUUGAGUUUCACACAAGCCUUCCAUGGUCGCUUGUUUGGCUCCUUGACAGCCACGGCUAGCAAGGCAAUUCACAAAAUUGAUAUUCCUGCUUUUGAUUGGCCCAAAGCUCCUUUUCCUUUACUCAAGUAUCCCUUGGAAGAUCAUGUUGAGCAUAAUCAGAAAGUAGAAAAAGAAGCCUUGGAUCAUGUAGAAUCACUUAUUGUGAAUGCAAAGAAGCCUGUUGCUGCUGUCAUCAUUGAGCCUAUUCAAUCUGAAGGCGGUGAUAAUCAUGCUUCCCCUGCGUUUUUUAGACAACUUCAGGCCAUUUGUCAACAAAAUGACGUUUUGUUUAUCGUGGAUGAGGUCCAAACGGGUGUUGGUGCAACGGGUACUUUUUGGGCACAUGAGGCAUGGCAAUUGCCAAGUCCUCCUGAUAUGGUUACCUUCUCUAAAAAAUUCCAAGCAGCUGGUUUCUUCUUACAUCCCCGCCUUCGUCCUUCUCAACCCUAUCGUCUCUACAAUACAUGGAUGGGUGAUCCAGUCCGUGCUAUGCAAGCUGCUGCUAUCGUUCAAGAGAUCAAGGACAAGAACUUGCUUCAGAAUGUUCAAGAAGUAGGCAGUUAUCUCCAAAAGAGCUUGAGAGACAUGGAGGCUACCACUCCUAUUGAAAAUGUUCGAGGUCAAGGUGCUUUUAUUGCAUUUGAUCUGCCUGAUGCUGCUAAACGCGAUACUUUCUUGGCCGAUAUGCGUCAACGCGGUGUCAAUAUUGGUGGCUGUGGUGAUCGCGCAGUACGACUUCGUCCCAUGUUGACCUUUCAGCGUCAACACGCAGAUAUCUUGUUAGAUACAAUGAAAGCAUCGUUUGCUUAAUUUAGAUUUUAAGGUUCAGUUAUUGAAUUAGCGAAUUGCCACCAACAAUAAAACGCAGUGUAUUUAUUUUUUUA